CACGAGCUUCUCCACGUCAAAACCCCACAUUGCCGCAUUGGCAGCUAGGGAAAGGCCGUGCUUCCCUCCUUGCGGGCUGAGAAAGUCGUUUGGUAGCUGCUCUUCGGUUGAAAAGCAAGGGGGAAGCAAGGUUCCCACUGACUACGGUAUUUGGAAGGUAAAAGGCUGGGAGAAUGGUGUAGAAAGCAAGUACAGAGUGGGCUGUGCAGUGGCAAGACCAGUAUGUCGUAACGUUUAGCUAAUUAAAACUGUGGACGAUCAGCGCAUGGCGAGCGGCGCACUGCAGGGCUUGCGCCCAGCGGCCAUGCAGGCCCGCAUGCGCUCCCUUGAUGGGGGAUGCACCACUCAGACGGGAACUUCCGGCAGCAACUGCCUUUUUUCUGAACGCCCCUUUCCUUUCUGGCGGCAAUCACUGGUGCCGCCAAGCUGUGCAGCAAAGCUCCAGUUGGGAUGCAUUCCUGGUAGUUCCACGUUUCUUGGGCGCUCAAUUGUUCCCUUAGGACGGUGCCAGCCACCGAGACUGGUUAAGAGUAGUCUAGCAUGCCGUGGUUCGCUUGCCGAAGACACGACCAAAGCCUGGAGCAAUGUGGAGGCGCCAGAGAAACAGGCGUCCAAAAACGGACAGACAUGGACUGCUUUGGAUGAUCCAUGGAAGGAGAGCUUCCCCGCAGCGCCACUCUUUGAUGCCAGCACCACUCCAUUGAUUAAUCCGCAACCCCCCUUGAGCGAUGAUAGCUCCCAAACCCCCCUUGGAGAGUUGCAUGCCGACACCUUUUCUCAGAUGGAGGCGCUGAUCAGCGAGCGCGAUGUUCUGGGGGGGGACCACGAGGCCUUCAUCUUGGAGGCGAUUGCAAAGGACACUGUCCACUUUCUAGCCCCGCAGGGGAAGAGGCGGCACCUCCCGCUGUUUGUUUACCUGCCCGGGUUGGACGGCACGGGGCUUUUCUGCAAGCAGCAGUUAGGGCCGCUGCUAGAAGAGUUCGAUGUACGGUGCUUCGUGAUUCCUACGGGGGAUACCUCGUCGAUCGACGAGCUGGCGGAUGCUGCGGCGGGGCUGAUUAGACAUGAAAGGGUGGCGCGGCAGAGGCUUGCGGAGGAAGACGGUGCUGGGGGCGAUGUCAGCAAGACGAGUGCGUCUGCAGCGGAGAUGUCUCCAGCGAGUGGCAGAGAAGGAAAUCUUGGAGAAGUCGGCUCAUCUGAAACAGGGACGGGUUCAGUUGCGUCAAGCAACGGCAGCAUUUAUGCUCAGAAAGUCUCAAUCAAUGGGAUCACACUCCCCCCUGAACCGACUUGGGACCCAUCCCUAAAACCUCCGCAAACCGUUCCCUCAGACCCCUCACCAGACUCCUCCUUAAAUUCUGAUUCAAACCCCUCCCUGAAACCCCCCUUUCCCGUCACGGUCUAUGCGGAAUCCUUUGGCACCGGCAUCGCGCUCUGCCUCGCUUCCGCCUACCCCACCGAAGUCCACUCGCUGGUUGUUCUGAACAGCAUCACGGCAUUUCGGCGCCAGCCGCUGCUGAAGUGGAGCUCGAUGUUUCUCGGGUCGGUGCCUGCGGGGCUGCACGAUCUGGGGUCGUACGCAAUCGCGCCGCUGCUGGCGGACUGGCGGCGCAUGUCGGAGGAGAGCCGGUUCCUGCUGCUGCCGCCCUUCAGCACUCGGGUGUUGACGCCGGACGCGGUAACCCGACGAACGCAAAUGAUGCUCGGGUUUGAUCCUUCUGAGGCCGACCUGAACCAGAUCCAAGCAUCAACGCUUCUGAUCGCAAGUGGUCGCGACCGGUUGAUGCCCUCGGUGGAAGAGGCGGACUGGCUGGCGAGCCGCAUCCCCGACUGCCACGUCAAGGUGUUGCCGGACUCGGGACACGUGGCUCUCCUGGAGGACGGCAUUUGCCUAGCCACGCUGCUCCGCGAAGCAGGUUUCGCGGGUGACCGCAACGGAGGCUCGCUGGGGGAAUGGAGCGGUACAGCGGCGGACGGGUUUGAGCGGUCUACAGAAGUCAGUGUUGGGUCGGAGGUUGGCGUUUCCGCUGGAAAGGUAGAAACGGAGCCGGAACGAGCUGCGGACGGAAACGGAACUGAGGUCCAUCCGAUUGUAGCCGCGGAACAGAAUGGCCGGUUGGGUGUAAAGGUUCGGGACGGGAGUAACGUUCAGAUGCACGUCGGGCCGAAUAAGCCGGGGCCUGAUGAGGGUUCACCGGAGAGUGACGGGCAGAAAGAGGGUGGGAAAGAGAACCCGGGGCGUCAAACCGAGGACUCGGAUUUUGCCGACGCGCUGAAGGACAACCCGCCAGAGAGAAAGUUGAGAGACGAUCUGGCAGUGCAGCUGCGAACGACGACGCGAAAACUGUCAGAGGGGUUGAAGGAGCGGAAAUCGGACGGCUCGGAGAGCGGGGAGCGGUCAUCGGACGGCUCAGAAAGCGCGCGCAACUCGUCGGAGGUUGUAGAAAGCAACGGGACGGGGGUCAACGGUUCUGAAAGGAGGCGGAGCUCAUUGGACGGUUUAGAGAGCGAGGGAAAGCCAUUGAUUGGUUCUGGAAGCAGGCGAGUGGACGACGGUUCUUCGAGCAGCUCAACAAGCGGACGUUUGCAGGAAAGCCCGAUGGUCGUUGCGCCGGGGUUGUCGAGUCCGCUGGCGGAAUCAGGGCGGAAAACGGAUAACGGAACGAAGCUAAACCGGAUGGUGCCUACUGAAGAGGUGAACCGUUGGCGGAGGAGUCAAAAGGCUCGGAAGAGACCAGAGGCGUCGAAUCCGAUUUUCGAGAAUGAUCUGAAGUGGUUAGAGGGUGUUGUGAGUAAUAUCUUUGCGAGUUUUAGCGGGCGCGAAACAGGGGUUGUAAAUGCACGCGACGGUUUGCAAAAUCUGGAUGGGACGGCAGGGGCAGCGAAGUUGUCUGCUCCUGUAACGAGCUUAGAUGCUGAAAACGGAUUGCCCGAGACAAACGGAAGGUCGUGGGAGCUGCCGCAAGAGAUUGACAGUGGAACCCGAGUCGUGAGCUUUCUGGGGGAGCUUUCGGCUGACCACGGUCGGGUGAACGUGGGAGAGAGUCGGGCGGAGCGAAGUGUCUCCCCAGCUCAGCAGGAGGCGUCAGCAAGAGAGGCGACUGUAGGCAGCUUUAGCACGCGGUUAGAGACGAACCGAGGAGCAGCAGUAAACGGAACUGAGGGGAAAGUGAGUUUGGAUGGGGCCGUCGCAGCUGGGAAACCCUUUGCCGGUGUUAGGUCGGACCAACCAGCGGCUGUUAAUACGCUUGAGAACGGAAGUAGGCCGAGCAGUUUGAGCGGGAGUUCUGGAGGUGAAGUUAGUGGAAAUGGACGGGCGGUGUCAGAAGGGGGAUCUCUCCAGGUCGAGGGGGUGCCUGGUAGGGGAUCCGGAGCGGAACAGAACGGAACGGAGUCCGCGAAGGAGUGGAAGGACAGCGAAGAUGGGGUAGGAAACGGGGCGCUAGGUCAGGUUGGCACGAGCAGCGAAAACGGAGCGGAGGGACAGAACGGAGUGAGGGGCGCUCAGAACGGAACGAGCUUUUUGCGCGGGCUUGGGGCCGUCGAGAGAGAUGUUAGGGCUCGUGAGAGCGAGAACGGGAAAGCUGCGGGAAGCGGGAACGGAAGGAGCCCGCUGAGCGAAAACGGAAGGAGCACGCUGAGCGAGUUCGGAAAGGGCUUGGAGAGCGGAAACGGAAGAAGCACGGAUCGGGUCGCGGCCAGUGCAACUCAAAGCUCGGCUGAGGAGACGCGAACAGUAGUCGCUUCGUCGACAGAGGAGCGAGCGACUACAAUUUUCGAAGGCGAGAACGAAAAUGGGGGUACGGUAAGCGCAGCGGGAGCAGGGGAAGCGUCCCCUCCGGUAGCAAAGAAGGCCCCGGCGGAUCUGAAGGCUGGGGGGGUGGCAGCAGGGCGAGCGUUCGGCACGAUGCUGGAUGAUAUGCCGCAGUACCGGCUGUGGAACUGGCUGACGCGUCCCGAGUUCUACGGUAUGGACGACAUCCCGGUGGACGCGGCACCGCUCCUCUUCGUGGGCAAUCAUACGCUGUUCGGGAUCUAUGACAUGCCGCUGAUGAUGUACGAGCUCCGGAAGCGGCGGGGCCUUGCUCUGCGCGGGCUCGCCCACGAGUGGCACUGGAAGUCGCCUUUGGGGGACAUCUUCGAGAAAUACGGGGCCGUCAAGGCCACCCCCCGGAACUGUUUCAACCUGCUCAAGGCCGGCGAGCCGGUGCUGCUGUACCCUGGGGGAGGCCGCGAGGUCGCCAAGCGGAAGGGCGAGAAGUACAAGCUGCUGUGGAAGGACGACACCGACUUCGUGCGGCUCGCGAUGAAGUGCAAGGCGACCAUCGUGCCGUUUGCGACGGUCGGGGUGGAGGACGCGUUCGACAUCCUGAUGGGGCCCGACGAGAUCAUGGCGUCUCCGCUGGGCGACCUGAUCCGCCCCGCUCUGAAGGCGACCGGCUUCACGGAGGACGUCAUUCCGUCGCUCGCCACGGGCGGAAACCUCCUUCCGCGGCCGGAACGGCUCUACUUCAACUUCGGGGAGCCCAUCUAUACCAGCCACUACACCAGAAAAGACCUGAAGGACAAAGAAGAGUGCGCGCGGCUGUACAAGCAAGCGAAGACGGCCGUUGAGGACGGAAUCCUGUUGCUCCAAGCUAAGCGGAGCAAAGACCCUCUGCGGGAGCUCCUCCCACGAGCGAUGGUUAACAUCAUGGAGGGAUGGGACGGCUCGUAAAUAGACGUUUAGGAUGGCAACGCAGGUUUCUCUUCCGCAAAUUGAGAAUCUUGUCGUAGAUUGCUCGCAUCCGAUGUAAAGUUGUAGUUGGCGCCAUUGCGCAAUUCAGAGGUAGCUCCAACCACAUCUCGCAAAUGCAUUCUCGAGGUCGAGGUCGAGGUAAUGGUUACUAGGGCGUUGGCUUAAUGACAUUCGCUCUCAAUGUCGGACCUUUCUGGUCAAACUGACCAUCAUUGGUACAAUCGAAGAUACGUUUAGAAGGAUUCAGAAUUUUUUUGACGCAAUUCAACCCCUUCUGACUUGUAGACGCACCACACUAAAUCGAUUUCACUAAGGAUGCUAG